UCGCACCCACUCUUUUGUUGUGACUAUUUGAGAGGAGCAGAGUCCGGGGCUCCUUUCGCUAGCAUUGGGACUUGGGAGUGCCCCCAGCCUCCAAGUACUGCGCGCCGCUGCCAGAAGGAGGCGAGCCCGGGGAUUGCCUAGCCCUAGGAAAGAGAGCGCGGGGGUGGAGAGGAGUCAGAGAAGGGAAAGGAGGAGGAAGAGAGAAGAGCUUGGGAGCUCAGACCCAGAGACGCAGGAAAGAGCGGGAGGCAGAGAGUCAGCGCGGGCGGAGUAGAAACCGUGCUUACUAGUGUAGGAAAAACUAAGGCACACGCCGGACGCAUGCGCACGGCCAACGGAGGCCAGAGGGCCAGAGCUUCCCCGCCAGCUAGCCCAGUGGACACUGGCCUGCCUGUGGGACCCGAGCAGACUGAGAUGCGGAUGCGGCAGAUGUGCAGCGGAAGUGAGACCCAGGGCUCCAUCCCAAGCCAGCAGGGCGUGGGUAGCCGAGGCUCCAAUGCUUGCUGCUUCUGCUGGUGCUGCUGCUGCAGCUGUUCUUGCCUCACUGUCAGAAACCAAGAAGAACAGAGACCCCAAAGAGCAUCCCACGAACUCAGAACAGACAUUCCAGCCUGUGAAGAAAGCCCCAUUCCCACCCUGGAAGAAGUGUGUGCCUGGGCCCAGUCAUUUGACAACCUAAUGGUCACUCCAGCUGGAAGAAACGCAUUCCGGGAAUUCCUCCGUACAGAGUUCAGUGAAGAAAACAUGCUUUUCUGGAUGGCCUGUGAAGAACUGAAAAGGGAAGCGAAUAAAAGCACUAUUGAGGAGAAAGCAAGGAUAAUAUACGAAGACUACAUUUCUAUUCUCUCUCCUAAAGAGGUCAGCUUGGACUCGCGAGUACGAGAGGUCAUCAACAGAAACAUGGUGGAUCCAUCCCAACACAUAUUUGAUGACGCUCAGCUGCAGAUUUACACCCUAAUGCACAGAGACUCCUAUCCCCGGUUCAUGAACUCUGCAGUCUAUAAGGAUUUGCUGAAGUCGUUAGCUGAGAAAGCAGUUGAAGCAUAGCUGGUUUCAAAUAUAUUUAUUAUUAAUAAAAGAAAGAUAAUUCAUGGACCAUGUCUAGCACAGGGAAUUUAGAGAUAGGAUGUCUUGUGCUAGAGUGAUUCUUGGACUGUUGUUAUAACAGAUUCUUCCUCCACAGAGAACUAUAGAUUCACAAUGGACACUGCAGCCACCUGUAGUGAUACUUGUCAGAAAAAAAAGGGAUAUGACAGCCUUAGAAAAAUAGUAUACUCACAUUCACAGUUACAGUAGCAUGUUCUCAAGGGCGGGGCAUGCACUAGCCUCUGUUCUGCCUGCAGCGUAGACACACACAGAACAAAUGGAAACAUGUUUGUUUUGCAUGAGUUCAAUAGCAUAUAACCCUCCAAAGAAAAGGCAGUUAAGUCUUUCUCAACUAACCCUUCCUUCAGUCUGAACACUUCACUUAGCACCAUGCAAGGACUGAGGGUCACAUUUCAUGGAGAUGUGACUAUUUCUUGUAAAAAUGGUAACCCUCU